AUGAAAGUGCCUAUUCGACUACCAGUGAAUAGAAACAAUAAUGACGAAGAAAAGAAUGAUUAUGCAAAUUUUAGUAAUACAAAAAUAAUCAUCCUAUUUCAAGUGCCUCAAUAUGAACAUUUACAAAUUCUUAUCUGUAAUGGUAACUCCUUAACAACAUUAGCUGGUGUUGAACAUAUUAAACGAUUAUGGAAACUUGAUGUUGGAAAUAAUCAAAUCCAAAGCCUUCAACAUCUAUCACGUUUUAUAGCCCUUGGUUCACUUAUUCUUUCCAAUAAUCAUUUGCAAUGGAUUGAAUUACAACAUAUUCGUCAUAUGUUCGUUCUCGAUAUAAGACUUGAUGGAAAUACUGUAUUAGAUGCUGAUCCAAAUUAUCGUCAACAUGUACUUGAUUGUUUACCACGUAUUUGGAUGUGUGAUGGUGUUUUUAUUUCGACUUCCGAACGUGAACAAGUAGAGGAUUUUUUUGCACAAUCAUUUUUAACAAAAAAACCUGUGCGGCGAAAAUUAGCACGAGAUAUAUUUAUGCCAACAAAUUUAAAAGAUCGUUCGGUAAAUGGACUUUUUGGACCAAAAGCAACAGAUUUAUUUGCUAAAUUUCCAAUGAAUUGUUUUAUAAAUUCUGAAAUUGAUAAGAAAAGAUUAAGACAUUUAGCGCCAACAAUGCAAGAUAUACUUGUUAAAGAAAUGAAAAGUGAUGACGGAAAAAAACAAGAUGCGGUUGCGAUAGAAAAUCGUCAGUUAUUUUAUCAAAUUGUGGAUAUUCGAGAAAGUCAUGUCGAAGAAUUCAAUAUGUUUCUGAUACUACUUAUCACUCAUAUGCUCUUUCAAAUUCCUGAUGAAUUAGUAAAUAAUGUUCUGGAUGUUACUCAUAUAAAUACAAUCGGAAAUUUAAAAUUAAAUCGUAUAUUUUCAUCAAGCAACGAAUUAAAAUGUAUGGUUGCAUCUCUUGUUCAUGGAGGUGCACGUAUUGAUCGAGAUGAAAAUCAUCCAUCAGCAUUUCAUGAUAAACUAUUCAAUAGUCUUUCUAUUAUACUUAAUAAUCAAAUACGUCAAUUUUCAGCUAUAAAUACUAAUCAACCUUAUCCAAAUAUCAGCGUAGUUUCGGAAGCAAAAUCAAUGUUAUGUCUUGAAGUAAUGCAAGUAUUAAUAAUGUGUCCAUUAUUUUAUUUACUUACCGAUAAUUCAACUAUUCAUGCAAUUUUACAACAAGCUUUAGAUCGAUCAGUUGCAUAUGAAAGUGUAAAAAAUAUUUUAGAAAAUUUAAAUACUGAUGAAAAAUCAGCUGAAGAACAACGAGAUGCAUUAAAACCAAUUCUUGGUAAUAUAAUUAAAAUGGCUAUACGAACAUUAUCAACGAAAAAAACGAAAAAAACUAUCGAACCAACAUUAGUAGAUGCAAAUAAAGCAGAUAAUGAUAAUUCAAGUAAACGACAACAAGAACAAAAUACGUCAUCACCAAAACCAUCACAACGAGGACAUGUGCAACGUGCUCCUGGUAUUGGUGAUCGUAUAUUAACUGGACCACAAAAAUCUGGUCGUAUUGUAACACUUCCUGAAUCUGAUGUAGCAUUAAUUCAAUUCGAUCAUAUACUUGCUAUUAAUGGUUCAAUGAUCUCUAAUGGUUCAUUUAGUGAUCAUACGAAUUAUGUUAAUAUGACUAACUUCGAAUGGGAUGGUCCACAUGAAUAUUGGAAACCAAAGUUUACUUUUGGUGAUAAAAUAACAUUACAUAUAACAACAACAAAAGAUGAAACCCCUCGAAGUGCUCCUGUAUCACGAAUAUUACCAGCAAAAACAUUAGAACCACUUGAAAAAGGACGUCCAGUACCAAAGUUAUUUGAGAUGAAUAUCAAUAAACCGAGAGAAGCCUUUGUUGAUUCAGCACGUGAAUCAACACCACCACCAUCUAUGGUUGAACCUGAUGACAUAAUUAAUUUAAAAAAAUCUUCAACUCUCGAACAAAAAACAAUCUCCCCUGAACAAAUAACAAUUGAACGUCCAAUGUCUGCCCGAAUUAUAAAACAAAAACAAGAACAACAAAAUAAAGAUUCAACAACUGGUGAAAAUCUAUCAGCGUCACCUGUUCUCAUUGAAUCUACACUUCUUUUUAUGCCUGAUCAAUCUCAAACACAAAUUCCAUCAUUUGAACAACAUCAUCAUCUAAAUUCUUCAUCAUUUAUUGAUGAAUUCGAUCAUGCAACAAAUUUAUAUCGACGAGCAACAAUACAUCGUGUACCUGUACCAGUACAUAAUGCAACACAAUGGUUUAACGGACCUAAUAUGCAAAAUGAACGAUCAGGUCGAAUGGAAAAAGUUGUUUCUUCACUUCUUCGACGAUCAUUUCGUUCAAUUUCAAAUUAUUCAAUGCCACGUGUACCAGUAUUAACUUCACCAUCAUCAAGAGAACAUGCUCAAUAUAAAGGUGUUCGACCAGGAACAUUUCAAGAAUUUAGUGUUGAAAGUCAACGUAUGACACCAUCACCAUUUACAUUAGAUCGACAAUUUCAAUCAGCAAAAACUCGAUUUACACCAUCCACACGUCUAUAUGAUUUAACUCACUAA